AUGAAAUCCGUCAUCGUCAAAGCGCACCCUCUACGAUGCGAGAUAAUCGACAUCCCCAUUCCACAGCCUGGGCCAGAUGAGGUCCUCAUAAGAGUCAUAUUCUGCGCCAGCAACCCACGCGAUUGGAAAGCUCCCGAUCAUCUCAUUCCUGGCAUUGAGAUAAACCAGGGCAAUGAGAUGUCUGGAAUUAUUGAAGCGGUGGGAAACAAUGUGUACGAAUUCCGGAAAGGCGACCGGGUUGCGGCGGCGCAUCCUAUGCAGACGGAGAAUGGCACUUAUGCGGAGUAUGCGACUGCUCCUGUGAAUACGUGCUUUCUGUUGCCGCCGAAUAUCUCAUUUGAAGAAGCCAGUACCAUACCAUUUGCCUUGUGCACAGCAGCGAUAGGCCUAUACCAGCGGCUCAAAAUUCCGUUUCCGACAUCCCCAGAGAUCGCUCAAGUCCAGCCUCCACUAAUCGUUUACGGAGGUGGAUCUUCUAUUGGAGCGUUUACAUUAAAAUUGGCACGGUUUGGACGUUUCGAAAAAGUCAUUGCUGUAUGUGGAUCUGGAAGAUCAUACGUCGAGUCGCUUGGCGUAGUUACGGACUUUGUCGAUUACCGAAACUGCAAUGUCGUCAAUGAUCUGAAGGCUGCCCUUGGAGGGAAGAAAUGCUUCCAUGCUGUUGAUGCCAUCAAUGACAGUAACAGUUUUCGGCAUCUAUCAGAAGUGUUAGCGCCAGAAGGAGCUCGCAUGUCUGUUUACCUGCCCCGUCUAGACUACAGCGAUAUUCCUCCCUGGAUAUCUAUUGGCAUUACUUUCUUUGGCACAGUGCAUGGACAGGCGACUCCAAUCAGCAAUGAAGUAUACAGCGAAGAUGUAGAUUUUGCGUAUGCUUUUUUCCGGCUCGUUGGUCGAUGGAUUGCUGAGGGUAAAAUGACCGGACAGCCACAUGAAGUCCUGCCACGCGGAUUAGAGUCUGUUGAAGAGGGUUUAUGGAUGUUGAAAGAGGGGAAAGUAAGUGCCAAAAAGCUCAUAUAUAGGGUUUCUGAUACGCCUGGCGUUGGUUUUGCAUAG